GUAGACGGAAAAUGGUUGCAUCUUAAUGAGGAAACAAUACUAAAUCAUCCAGGAGGAGCUGUCAUUCGACAAUACGCGUUAGUCCUUGGUUCAUCGAGGUGUCCUUCUUUUAGGAAUGCUGAUGCCACUCAAAUGUUCCAAGCAUUCCAUGAGGGUUCGAAGAAGGCUUUCAAACAAUUGGAAGCGCUGAAAAAGAGUGCAUGGGACCCUUCCGAGGAUCUUGAGGAGGCACUGAAACUACGCUUGGACAAGGCUGAUGUCAACGUUGCCACCUACGACAUUUCCAUUGAAGAAGAAGCCAAAAUAGUGCAGAACUUUGAGAAGUUACGGCAGCGCGUAUAUGAUUGGGGCUUAAUGGAGGCACAACCAUGGUACUAUGUUGGAAAGUCCAUCACAACCUUAGGCUUCAUGUUCUUCGCAUUCUAUCUUCAGUAUUGUCAAUGGUACUUCACCUCAGCGGUUUCGCUUGCUGUCUCAUGGCAACAGUUUGGUUGGCUAACUCAUGAAUGUGCUCAUCAUCAAAUAACGAAAAAUAGAAAAUUGAACAACCUGCUAGCGGUAGUUUUCGGAAACCUUGCGCAAGGAUUCUCUGCUGACUGGUGGAAGGACAAGCAUAACACUCAUCACGCCGCAACGAAUAUGAUCGAUCAUGAUGGAGAUAUCGACUUGAUGCCGCUAGUAGCUCUUAUACCUAGAGACUUGUCCAGAUUCAAACUUCCCGUUCAGAAGUUUGUUCUAAAGUUCAUUCCUUACCAGCAUCUAUACUACACACUAGCAAUGCCGCUUCUUCGAUUUUCGUGGACAACCCAGUCGUUGCUGUGGGUGUUUGCAGAGAACUCCAGUGAAUUUCGUGUGUACAGAAGGAAUGCCCUCACGGAGCAAACGUUGCUGGUGGCGCACUGGUGUUGGGUGUUCCUGCAGCUAUAUCUCCUUCCUUCAAUGAGUAUUCGCGUGUUAUAUUUCGCCAUUUCGCAGCUCCUCUCCGCUUUCCUCAUUGCCUUCGUCGUCACCUUCAGUCACAACUCCGUAGACAAAUACCCAGCGAAUUCUCGUUUGCUCAACAACUUUGCCUGUCUUCAACUGUUCACUACGCGAAACAUGACACCAGGCCCAAUCACCGACUGGAUUUGGGGAGGACUGAAUUACCAGAUCGAGCACCAUCUCUUCCCGACUAUGCCCAGAUGCAAUCUGAACACUUGUAUGAGGCUGGUCAAGGAGUUCUGCCGCGAGAACAACCUGCCGUAUCUAGUCAACGAUUACUUCGAGGGUUACGCCCUUAACCUUAAGCAACUCGAGAACAUUGCUCGCCUAUCGAAGGCCAAAGCUAACUAA